UUGUUGUUGUUUACACUGGGAGCGCGCGCGCGCGCUGCGGAGGCGUGUUCGCGCCGCGCGCUCCCGCUCAGAGCCGCUUACAGUUMGGGCUGCAGCGGCUCGGAGCUCCGGGGUUCCGGUUCGGUCAUUCAGCCGCUGAGGCUCUCUGAAAGCGGACCCUCCCGCGCCUCAGGACCAGGACCAGGACCUGGACCUGGACCUGGACCUGGACCAGGAGAGGUUCGGAGGAGGCUGUUCGUGGUUCGGAGAUGGGAAACAUUCAAAGAUUUGAACUGAGUCAAAGUUUGGGUUUGGAGACAGAACCGGGACCAGAACCAGAACCAGGGAUUUAGUCAGGUUUCGGUUUGCAGCGGACCAUGAGACCUGCACAGGUUCUGGCUCGGUCCGGUUCUGUUUGGACCACUUUCUGCCUGUGAUUCUGCAGCCGCUGGUACCGCCUGGUACCGGCUGCGCUCCCCGGUACCUCCAUAAAUCUGUGCCCCAUCACGGACUGCGGCACCGGAACCGGAUCCACCCAAACAGCUGUCCUCCGACCCGCCGGUUCUGUUCUGACCCACAUGAGGCCCCCCCUGCUGGACUGACGUCAGGAGUUCUGACCCGCCACCAUGGGCACGGUUCUGUCGCUGUCGCCGGGCUCCCGGAAACCCGGGUACUACCAGAACCAGCCAGGCCCGCUGAGCCGCUACCCGAGCCUGAGCAGCCGGUCCCUGAACAGCCAGAAGGACCGGAACCUGAAGCGGGGCCGGUCCAUCUUCCUGCCGGCGCUGACCUGGAAGCGCCUGGUGGCCUCCACCAAGAAGGGGACCAGGACCGGACCGGGCGGGCCCCCGGGCCUCCUGGACCCCCUGAACAACAACAGGUACCCGAAGGACCCGGUUCUGCACCUGAACCGCGAGAACGUCCAGAAGUCCCUGUCCUGUGCCAACCUGUCCAGCUGUGAGGGACUGGGGCUCGGGUUGGGGACGGGUCCGGGGCUCGGGUUGGGCUACACCAGAACCCGGCCCCUGUCCUCGCUGAAGAAGGCCCCCCAGGGGACGGCGUCCCCGAAGCGGGUCAUMGUCCAGGCGUCCACCAGCGAGCUGCUGCGCUGUCUCGGGGACUUCCUGUGCUGCCGCUGCUACCGGCUGGAGCGCCUGAGUCCGGCUGACCCGGUCCUGUGGCUCAGGGCCGUGGACCGGGCCCUGCUGGUCCAGGGCUGGCAGGACCAGGCCUUCGUCACGCCGGCCAACGUGGUCUUCGUCUACAUGCUGUGCCGGGACGUGGUGGACGGGGACGCGGUGUCGUCGGAGCGCGAGCUGCGGGCCGUCCUGCUCACCUGUCUCUACCUGUCCUACUCCUACAUGGGUCACGAGAUCUCGUACCCCCUCAAGCCCUUCCUGGUGGAGGCGGGCCGGGACGCCUUCUGGGACCGCUGCCUCGCCAUCAUCGAGGCCACCAGCGCCAAGAUGCUGCGCAUCAACGCCGACCCGCACUUCUUCACGCAGCUCUUCGCUCAGCUCAAGAGCGAGGGCGCUCCUCAGGACUACAGCCGGGUUCUGGAUCGGUGAGACCACCUGUCCCCGUCAACGGGUCGCCUCUGACUCCAGGAGCAGUUUGACCCAUCAGAACCCUGGUUCUGGUCCCAGACUGACCCGUCCCUUCACGUUUUAUUGGAGAUGGUCUGGACUGAUGGGGGGACUGGUGUUGUACGAAAUUCAGUWCCCCUGUGAAAAUCUGUUUCCMAGUGAUUCCCUCUAAGGUUAACAACAGGGGGGAACAGAUUUUCACACAACACCGGGUCCAAUCAGCCUGCUGUGUUCUGGAGCCGUUUGAAGCUGCAGGGUCCAGAUUUCUGUUUGUUUAUUCAGACAUGGUCACACACACACACACACAC